AUGGCUACUUUAAGUUUCUGUAAAGAUUUCCAAAGAGCGGAGCAAGUACUGUGCUAUGCAUCAGAGACCGAUCACAAACUACAGGAGACCUCGGAGGGUCCGGGUCCCGGAGGGGAGAGGGCGGUGCACGUGCCAGGGUGGGGAGAGGGGGCGGGGAAGCCUUACCUUCCCCGAUCGAGUCCCGCCACCGCGCGCCUUCCUCUAGGAACCCGAACCCCUGACCCUCUCAGGACUUCUCAGAAACCCCGGCCACUUCAGCCCGGCUCGACGUGUCCCACGACUGCAGCGGAGGCCGCGGAUUCCCGCCCCCGCCCCGCCCCCGACGCUCGCCGACCAAUCCACGCCCAGAUCCUAAGAGCUCCACCCCUCCUCAGAGGGCUGGCCACGCCUUACGUCACGGGCGCUCACCUUCUCAUUUGCCUUUGCUCCACCUUCUCCAGGGUCCAGUCUCCUCUGGAUCCUACAACCGUGGACGAGUUUGCCCUGCCGGAAAGCAGCUUGCCAGCGCGGCAUUUUACGGCGUCGGCGGUGACAGGCCCUGGGGAAACUUCUGACUCCCUCGCCAGCAGCUGGGCGAAAGCGAACGCGAUGUUCGGCGCCGGCGAUGAGGACGACACGGAUUUUCUUUCGCCCAGUGGCGGUGCCAGAUUGGCCUCUCUUUUUGGAAUGGAUCAGACAACUACAGGCCAUGGAAAUGAAUUCUUCCAGUACACAGCCCCAAAACAGCCUAAGAAAAGCCAGGGAACAGCAGCAACAGGAAACCAGACAACAACAAAACCAACACCAGCUACCACAGGCACUUCCACAGUGCUGGUUGCAACAGCAGUCCAUGCUUACCGCUAUGUAAAUGGUCAAUAUGCAAAGCAGGGCAAAUUUGGUGCUGCUCUCCUGGGGAACCACGCAGCCAGAGAGUAUAGGAUUCUUCUUUAUAUCAGCCAGCAACAACCAGUUACUGUUGCUAAGAUUCAUCUGAACUUUGAGCUGAUGGUUCGUCCCAAUAACUAUAGCACCUUUUAUGAUGACCAGAGGCAGAACUGGUCCAUCAUGUUUGAGUCAGAGAAGGCUGCUGUGGAGUUCCACAAACAGGUUUGCAUUGCCAAGUGUAACAGCACUUCUUCCUUGGAUGCAGUGCUCGCUCAGGACCUCGUUGUGGCAGAGGGCCCUGCAGUUGAAGUUGGAGAUUCUUUGGAAGUAGCCUAUACUGGCUGGCUCCUUCAGAACAAUGCACUGGGCCAGGUUUUUGACUCUACUGUUAAUAAAGAUAAGCCAUUUCGCCUGAAAUUAGGAUCAGGAAAAGUUGUCAAGGGCUGGGAGAAUGGACUGCUGGGCAUGAAAAAAGGAGGAAAGCGGCUACUUAUCAUCCCUCCAACCUAUGCUGCUGGCUCCGAAGGGGUGAUAGGCUGGACACAGUCAGCAGACUCGAUGCUGGUGUUUGAGGUGGAGGUCAGGCGGGUGAAGGUGGCCAGAGAUUCCGGCUCCGAUGGACACAGUGUUAGUUCUCGGGAUUCUGCGGCCCCUUCUCCCAUACCUGGUCCUGACAGCCUCUCUUCUGAGCCUGUUGUGUUGCCACCCACAACAGUACCUUUCAAAUCAGGGGAGCCAGCUCUUCAUACCAAGUCUAACUCCCUCAGUGAACAGCUUACAGUCAAUACAAGUCCUGAUACAGUCAAGGCCAAGUUGAUCUCUCGGAUGGCUAAAAUGGGCCAGCCGAUGCUGCCCAUGCUUCCUCCACAGCUGGAUUCCAGCGAUGCAGAAAGUGAGGAUAUAACUGCUCUGCGAGGAGCUGGGCAACCCCUUGUGACACAAUCCAUUCAGCCUUCUCUUCAGCCAGCCCAUCCAGUGUUACCACAGAUGACCUCACAGGCACCUCAGCCAUCUGUUUCUGGGCUCCAAGCACCCUCUGCUGCCUUACUGCAAGUUGCACCCCUUGAUUCCCACUCAGCUGUAUCUGGAAAUGCCCAGUCCUUUCAGCCCUAUGCAGGUAUGCAAGCCUAUGCAUAUCCUCAGGCAUCCUCAGUUACUUCACAACUGCAGCCUGUUCGGCCCUUGUACCCAGCACCACUGUCCCAGGCUCCCCACUUCCAAGGUUCAGGUGACAUGGUGUCCUUUCUCAUGACUGAAGCUCGGCAGCAUAACACCGAGAUUCGAAUGGCAGUCAGCAAAGUGACUGAUAAAAUGGACCAUCUCAUGACUAAGGUGGAAGAGCUGCAGAAACAUAGUGCUAGCAAUUCCAUGCUGAUUCCCAGCAUGCCAGUCACAAUGGAAACAAGCAUGAUUAUGAGCAACAUCCAGAGAAUCAUCCAGGAAAAUGAAAGAUUGAAGCAAGAGGUCCUUGAGAAGAGCAGUCGGAUAGAAGAACAGAAUGACAAGAUUAGUGAACUAAUUGAACGCAAUCAAAGGUAUGUUGAACAGAGUAACCUGAUGAUGGAGAAGAGGAACAACUCCCUUCAAACAGCCACAGAAAGCACACAGGCAAGAGUAUUGCAUGCUGAACAAGAGAAGGCCAAGGUAACAGAAGAGUUAGCAGCAGCCACGGCACAGGUCUCUCACCUGCAGCUGAAAAUGACUACUCACCAAAAGAAGGAAACAGAGCUGCAGAUGCAGCUGACAGAAAGCUUGAAGGAGACGGAUCUUCUCAGGGGUCAGCUUACCAGAUUGCAGGCAGAGCUCUCAGAGCUCCAAGAAUCCUCUGAACAAGCACAGUCUAAAUUCAAAAGUGAAAAGCAGAGCAGAAGACAGCUGGAACUCAAGGUCACAUCUCUGGAGGAAGAACUGACUGACCUCCUAGCUGAGAAAGAAUCCUUGGAGAAGAACCUGUCAGAGAGGAAAAAGAAAUCAGCUCAAGAGCGCUGCCAGGCUGAGGAGGAAAUGGAGGAGAUUCGCAAGUCACACCAAGAGGAGCUGGACAAACUUCGGCAGCUCUUAAAGAAGGCUCGAGUGUCCACAGACCAAGCAGCUGCAGAACAGCUGUCUCUAGCACAGGCUGAGCUACAGAGCCAGUGGGAAGCAAAGUGCCAACAUCUGUUGGCCUCCGCCAAAGAUGAGCAUCUGCAGCAGUACCAGGAAGUGUGUGCGCAGAGGGAUGCCCAUCAGCAGAAGCUGGCACGCCUUCAGGAAAAGUGCCUAGGCCUGCAGGCUCAAGUCACAGCCCUCACAGCACAGAAUGAAGAGCACAUCCAGGAACUGGAGAGGAACAAGUCCCUGGCUCAUGGAGCCAAAGCUGCUGCUGACCCCUCAGAGAAGGUUAAGAAGAUAAUGAACCAAGUGUUCCAGUCAUUGCGGGGAGAGUUUGACCUGGAGGAGUCUUACGAUGGCAGGACCAUUCUGGGAACCAUUAUGAAUACAAUCAAGAUGGUGACUCUGACGCUGUUGAACCAGCGGGAGCGAGGGGAGCAGGGAGAAAGCGGCAGCGAGGAGGAAGAAGAGCGGCCUCGCAGGCCUUCCCAGGAGCAGCCAGCACCUCCAAGUGGGGAGAGGCAGGAGACUUGCCAGGUGUUGUCAGGGCAGGUAGUAGAGGAGACCACCCCUCUGCCUCCGCAGGCUCUUCCUGAGCCCCAGGAUGAUGCACAGACAAGGAAAGGAGAGCCCUCAGGAGCAGAGGUGCCCUCAGAGCUCGAAGAUGGUUCCCUCCUACCCGAGCUGGCUUGUGUUCCAUCUCACAGAGUCCUGGGGCCCCCAACUUCAGUCCCACCUAAGCCUCCAGGCCCUGGAACUUUGAACUCCGAGUGUGAGGAGACACUUGGUGCUGGCUCUGCAGCAAUGCAGCCUGACAACAUGUUGGGAGAAGUGCAUAUUGGGGAAGAAGCCCCAGAUGGCCUGCAGCAAGGAAGCUCCAGGAGAGUGUCACUGCCUCCAGACCCUGAGAAGGGAGAGCCACCAGCCUUGGGUCCUGAAAGCCCAGGAGAACUUCAGCCUCCAGAGCUCACAGAAGACAAGGGUGCCCCUGGCUCUGCUGGUCCUUGCAAGACACCACCAGACACAGAGGUCUCUUCUGCAGCUGCAGGAGCAGCUCUCAAAGCCGGCCGCCACUCUCAGGGCUGCAGUUUCUCUGAGGAUGAAGAGGAUGAACUGUUUAAAGGGGCAACUCUGAAAGUUUCAAAGCCCAAAUCCCAGCCCGAAGAGGAUGACGACGAUGAGGUGAGCAUGAAGGGACGCCCGCCCCCAACACCCCUUUUUGGAGAUGAUGAUGAUGACGAUGACAUUGACUGGCUGGGAUGAAGACCUAGGAAACGGGUACACAGGUUUCUCUCCCAACUCUUCCCUAAGCAGGAUUUUGCAUAGCCAGCCUUGGGUCUAGAUCCCCAGGAUGAGGUCAAGGUGAACAUUCAAGGACAGUAGCUCACACGUCUGAGUUAGCCACUGUCUGAGCCCCUGCCUGGCCUGGUGAAGAGGAGUGUGGUCCUGUCUUCAGAACUGGUGUUGAGAGCAGCCCUGUGGUCCUGCCUGCGAGUCCCAAUUGGAGGAAGGGCCGAGAGGUUCUCUCCAGCCAGUCACAAGCGAUCUGCACUCCCUCUUAUGUACACCUCAAGACUGACCUUUGAGCCCCACUCCUGUCCUCUCACCUGUACUCCACUAACAAGGCCUGUCACCCAAAGACAGGUCUCCCUGGAGAACUGAGAGAUCAUACCAUCCUGGUUCACUUAGCAGCCUGCCUUGUGGCUCUGGGACAUGUAUCUUUUUUCUCUGCCUUAAAUCAUAUAUAAGAGGUCAAUUAGUACUUGAAAUUAACAAAAUGAAAAUAAAUAUCUAUAAUGAAACAACUCUAGCCCUUGGGAAGAAA